GAAGAGGCUGAAGGGGAAGCUGAGGCUGAGGAGGCUGAGAUUGAGGAGAUUAGGGCAAAAGAAGAUGAACAAGAAGAUGAGGCUAAAGAGGCUGAAGAUGGCCAGGUGGAGGAGUCCAAACCCAAGCCCAGGCUAUUCAUGCCCAACUUGGUGCCACCCAAGAUCCCUGAUGGAGAGCGGGUAGACUUUGAUGACAUCCACCGGAAGCGCAUGGAGAAGGACCUGAACGAGCUGCAGACGCUGAUCGAGGCUCACUUUGAGAACAGGAAGAAGGAGGAAGAGGAGCUCAUUUCGCUCAAAGACAGGAUCGAGAAGCGGCGGGCAGAGCGUGCAGAGCAGCAGCGCAUCCGGAAUGAGCGUGAGAAGGAACGUCAGACUCGCCUGGCUGAAGAGAGGGCCCGGCGAGAGGAGGAGGAGAACAGGAGGAAGGCUGAGGAUGAGGCCCGGAAGAAGAAGGCUUUGUCCAACAUGAUGCAUUUUGGAGGAUAUAUCCAGAAGACGGAGAGGAAGAGUGGGAAGAGGCAGACAGAGCGGGAGAAGAAAAAGAAGAUUCUGGCUGAGAGGAGGAAGGUGCUGGCCAUCGACCACCUGAAUGAAGAUCAGCUGAGAGAGAAGGCCAAGGAACUGUGGCAGAGCAUCUAUAACCUGGAGGCGGAGAAAUUUGACCUGCAGGAGAAGUUCAAGCAGCAGAAAUAUGAAAUCAACGUUCUCCGAAACAGGAUCAAUGAUAACCAGAAAGUCUCCAAGACCUGUGGGAAGGCCAAAGUCACUGGGCGCUGGAAGUAGAGAUGGCAGCCUCCUUAAAGGCCAUGCCUCCUUCACCAAGGACCUGUUCUUUGUUGUGUUCCCACCUUGCACGCCAUGCCCCCCAGCUCCUGGAGACCACAAGCAGAAUUCAGUCUGGAAACCAGGAGCUGGCCAAUAUAGAAGCUGCCACUCAUGCCUGCCCCAGCCCCCACCCCCACACCCCAAAUAAAAAGCACCACACACCAAA